AUGUUAGCGACCAUCGGGUGGUCUCGCCGGGGCGCAUCCGAGGUUAAAUUGUACUCUCCUUCUAACCAGGACAACAACAACGACAAGAAUAACAACAGCAACGGAACGAUAGGAUAUGCGGAAGCGAGUUGUUCUUCUUCCUCCUCCAAAAACGGGGAAAAGAAUUCAAAAAUCCAAUCGAAUGAAAUCAACUGCGUGGAGUGGUCGAAAUCGAACGGGAACUGCGUCGCAAUUGGCUUGAGCGACGGGCGAGUGGUCGUUCUGGAUAAACAGUUAAAGUGCGUGGGAGAAGUUAAGGAGGAAGAGAGGAAAAGAGAGAGGUUUAAGAAGCGUGAGAAUGAUGAUCAUGCGGAGAAGGAAAAGAUGCACAAAAAUACACCGUUGACUUUUGCAGCAGAAAAUCCAGCGAGAGAGGAGGAUGUCGACGAUGACGACUUUGAAGUGAAAUCGAUGGAUUUUCACUCGAGUUCGCGAUACUUGUUAGUCGGUGGGACGUCGAAUAUCGUGAAGGUUUGGGAUUUGAAGACGAGACGGGUGGCGAGCAGACUCGUAUCAUCCGGCGGAUUAUCAGGCGGCGGUCGUCGCUCGGCGAGUACUGCUAUUGAUAGCGGUGUCGUGAACGCGGUGAAAUUUAGUAAAGACGAUCGAGUGAUCGCGUGCGGUUCAGAGAGAGGGGAGAUUGUGUUGCAUAAAGGUGGAGAACGAUUCGGGGAGGAGGAAGAUGAGGAGAGUUUUGGUUUAGGGAGAGGGAAAGAGUUUAAUAAGUACUACUCGGAGCCUUUGAGCGCGUUUGACAUCAACGAGGAAAAGUCGAUGAUGAGUACCUCCUCCUCUUCCUCCUCCUCGGUGAAAUGCUUAGAUUUCUCACCGCACAGAAGAAUGAUGUUAGCCGCGGGGACGUCUCGUGGCGAUCUGAACGUUUACGAUUGCGAAUCGGAAUCGUUAGAGACGAGCUUUCAUUCUUCGGACGCGAACAACGUCAUUCGCUCGAUUGCGUUUUCGCCGACGGCGCCUAGAAUUAUAGCGGUAGCCAACGACGACGGAUCGGUUUCAUUGCGAGAUGUUGCCAUGCAUCCAAAAACUGGGGUGUGUUUACACAUACCGAAUCCGAAUAAACGAUGGAUGCAAUCAUCGUCGGAGAACGGUGUCAUUUUUGGUACCGCGGGCGCGGCGUCUUCCGUCUCGUGGCAUCCGAGCGGUCAAGCGUUAGCGGUCGGAUACAGAGGCAACGGCGUCGUGUCGAUGUACGAUUGUCGAAGCUUGAGAACGCAUAUGGAUGAGAGGAGUAAUAAGUACAGGAGCACUCGGAUGAACGGUUUUAGCAAUAGCACGAGCGGCGGCGCGGAAUUUUACUCCGGAGACGAUUUUGAGACGAGAUGUUUGUUUGAAACCGAAGCGCACGAGGGCGGAAGAGUGAUUGGGUUAAAAUGGCAACCACCACCUGCGACAAAAGCGAAGACGAAGACGACGAAUGAAGAGAACGACAGCGAUAAAGAGAACAGAAUCGAAAGCAACGUGCCGCGAAAACAAGAGCAGAAGCGACAUCUGAAUAAACAAGAAGAAGAAAGAGCCGCCGAAGCGAUGCAAAAAUUGAACACGAAGACGACAACUCUAGAACAACAACAACAACAACAACAACAAGUGCUCAUUACGGCCGACGCCAUCUCUGACGAAGUUUCGAAGAGGACCAAAGAUGUUGUCAAAACGUGUUUAGAAAAAGAGGUGAAGUCGUUAAAAGCGGAUGUGAGAAAUUUGCACCUCGAACUCCUCCGCGCGCAGGAAGAAAACGCGACGAUGUUUCGAAAGUUGCACGAACAACAUUUGGAGUUGAUGGAUGCUUUGAGCAGCAGUAAUUACUCUUCGAAGAUGAAUGGCAAAUACUAG